GGUUUAACAGCAAAGCCAGAUCCUCUUCUCAGCACACGAUGCAAGAAGGUGCUUAAAAUGGAUUUCCGCUUUUCUUUUCCCUUGCCAUGCGUGCUGGUGAUUCUGACCAUUUCUGAUGGUGUGACUUGUAUGGACCUCAAACAGCUUUUUGGCGACGCUGGUGGCGAUGUUUCUUUUCCUUUGGAAAUUAAAAAUCGAAGUGGCAUCCUAGUAAUGAAAGAAACGAACUGUUCUAAGCCGGAGAAUUUUACGAUGGACUGUUGCAAUGAUUGUGACAAAAGGCUGUGCCUGAGGAACGGGAUUGUAGAGAUGACGAAUUUAUCAGAAAAAGAUGAGGGGAAAUAUACAUUUGCUUUUGGAAAUGACAGUGAAGUUUUCUUGCUCAAAGUGUGUGAGAAGCCUCCAGCUGUUUAUAUCAAUUGUCUACCUGAUGGAAGAGCAAAUUUGUCCUGUGAAGCAGAUGGUCAAUUCAAUGAUGGAGUUUACUGGACUCGAAAUGGGAGAAUAAUACAUGAUGUUGAUGCUUGUGUGAAAGAUGGUGACAAGAGCAUUAUUUUGGGGAAAGGGGUACAGGGAAAGCUCGCUUGCCAUAGAAGAAACGCUUGCAGCAGCUCCUCCAUUGAGCUGUCAUGUAAUGGUGGUAACGAUCGAGAUCUGUUGCAGCACCCGCACUUCCUGUAUAUUAUGGUAGCGUGUGGAGGGGGUGCUCUCCUUCUGGCCAUUAUUGCCUCACUGAUCACAUGCUGCUGCAUGAAGAGCAAGCAUCAUUUCACUCCAGUGCCUGCGGAAGAUGAAAAGGAUGAGGGGAUAACCCUGUCUGCCAUUUCCAGUGAAGAACCAAAGAGUCCUCCUAAUGGAGACCCCUGUGAAACCACAGAUGCCCUUGUUGCCAGCACCCCCAAUCCUGGUCCUGAGACCUGUGAGAGUUUUAAACCAGAGCACAAGACAGACCCAAAUCCUACAGUUCAACCUAAGCUGGCACUGGAGACUAAAACAGAGGAAGAUGUUGAAACAGCAUUUCGAGAAGUCAUGGUUGACACUGAAGCCCUGGAAACGGUGGAUGAUUGCUUCCCUGAUCCUAUUGAUGCUUGAUCAGAUGCGUUCCCUUUAACCCUUCCUACAGUCUUGGGAAGUGGUGUUUCUUCAUUCCAUGAUGUUAUCUCCAUAAUAAUAGUGUCCUUUAAAAAACACACCUGCCUACAGUUAGCCAAAUCUACAAACCCACCUAAAAAUAGUCCUUAUGGGCAAGUAUGGUAUCCUCGCUCCAUGUAGCAAUUAGAUUUCAAAUUAAAUAUGACAGAUCUAUGUGCAAGACCUUUAACCUUCAAACAAUCUGAUUAAUUUUUCCUGUUUCUAUGACAAUUUUCAGGCUUCUCAAAACACCAAUAUUUUUGGUUCUGUCAAGGCACAGACACACAACAGGCAAAAUACCAUACAGGAGUCUAAAAGUACAUAUUUUAUACUGGAAUGAGGACCAGAAAUGCUCUAAAAAUUCCAGAAAAAGUGUUGAGUUCUGUACUGGGAUGUUUGGAAUCAUAUCACAGUAGCUUUCGCAGAUUCUUGUGGUCAAAAACAGUCCUAUUCAUUACGCUGGGUGUUUAUAUGAACUGAUGUUGGCUCAUAGAUUUCAGGGACCCUCAAGGAGGGUAUCUACAGAAUUCCUUUACCUGGAAGAGAUGAGGCACAAAAAUAGAGAAUGUGGAAAGUGAGAUCAGUGGCACUGUUUGGACAGUGGACCCUUUGUCAAUUUACAGGCCCAAAGAGAUGCCCAACCUCAUCCCCUUCUGGAGCAAGUUCUGACACAAACCGAGCUUCCAUAUCUAAACUGUUUUUGUUCCAUCCAGCUACCUUUUAGCAGAAAGUAGGGAUCCCUGGGCCCACUGCUGGAUGUCCCUUUGAAAGGAAUGAUGCAAAAAUGCUUCCCAGCACAUGUUCCAGCUCCAACCUUGGAUAUCCAGAUGUUGUGGGACUACAGCUUCCAUAACCCCCAGCCACCUUAGUCAAUGGUCAUGAAUGGUAGGAGCUGCAGUCCCAACAACACCUAGGAGCACAAGGUUGAAGAAGCUGCUCCAGUGCACAGUUUGUGACUAACAGGAAGCACAGAAACAGCAUUUUGUUUUUAUAUUUGUGAUAAAUUGACUACUGGCCUAAGCAAUUUGAUAAUUCUCUGUAUACGCAUUGCGCUUUCUUGAGUGUUCCAAGCAGUUCACAUGUAUCUUCUUUGUAAUUUGCAGCAGGUGUUCCAUUUCUUUCCUUGCUUGCAUCUUGCCUUUGUGUGGAUGUGCUUGCAUCUUAUUUCAGAUGAAAGGCUGGAGAAUUUGAGGGAUUCUCCAGGUGCUCUUUUCUUGUGGUGUAGCUAUUUUGGGCCCUUAGUUUGAUAGAAAGGCUUUGCUGCCGCUGCCUGAAACAGUGCAAGCCACUCUGCUGUCUUUAAUUGGGCAUAUACUCUGCAGAUAGGCUUUAGGAUUAAGUUCUAGAAACUUCUAAAGGGGGCAUUAUUUGCUCCCUAUAUGAACAUACACUGAGGUAGCAGCACUCCUUGAAGUAAAUGGCAUUGGGGACUUACUUCUGAGUAGACAUGUAUAGGAUGGCCCUGAGAAUGUUCUUUUUUCAGAGAUUGGUGGAGGCUAAAGAAAAUGGCACUACAGUUCCAUUCAUGUGUACUCAGAAGCAAGGUUUAUGACUAGGUAAGUUUGUAUAAUAUUGCAGCCUGUGUGUGUCAGUAGUACUGGCUUUGGGUGACAUUCCAUUGCCUUUGAAAAGAAGUCAGUCCUUGACUAAACAAGCCAGUCUCUGCUUCUAAGCAUCACUAGCUAUUAUUAGAUCGUGAACUCCUGGCUGGGACUUGUUAUGCAUUUGUUUUGACGUACAGCUCCUUGUUCAGUGUGGACCCUUUUAUAAAUAUUAAAUGCUGAUGACUAAACCCCACUCUAUGGCUACAGAACUGAGUUGCGGUAGAAUUAAUUUCAGAGUCAUGUCUCAUUUACUGGAAAAACCCCUCUUACCAAUACUGCCAAUGCCAGGAGCCAUGAACAUCCAGUUACUGCUAUCUGAUGAGACCAUUUUUACACAAAUGUUUUGAAUUAUUCUAUUUUAGAACUCAGAUCUAACACAUGAUUUCAAGGCUUCUUAUCCUAUCUUUGUGGCUUAUAUAGGCCUUGUAAAUUAGUGUGCCAGGUAUGUUUACUAAGCAAUAAGUCACAUUGUUUUAGGCUGCUAUCAAAGUUGAAACUUCGCUUGUGUUCCAGCCUCUCCUGCCAUUUAUAGCUAUGUUUGAUAAUGCAGAAAAGAUGCACAUAUGACACAAAUAGGCAUCAUAGACUUUACAUUCACAAGCCUGACUGACGCAUGCCCUGCUUUAAGCCUUGUGCAUAAAAAGUCUUUAGAAUUUGCAGUUGGAUUCUGGGGACAACGCUUUCCUUAAAAUAAAAUUAAAAAGCUUUUAAAAAACACACCAUGGUGUCUGAAUGUCAUAUGAGCAUGGAUGUCAUUGGUAUGAUGUUUGGCCUUGUGACUUGAAAGUUGUGAUUGCUAGGAGAAAGGAGUAUGGGUUUUCCUCCUGCAGAGCAUGCUAGGGUACAGAGUUCAACAGUAUCUAGAAUAAAGUGAAAUUGCUUUACGUUAACUAUUGGGCUUAAAAAAACAACCCAACCCACUAGUGAAGGCAAUGUCAUUCACAGCCCUGAUAUUGCAUUAGAGGCCAAGGUUAGAAGAAAGAUGCUCUGGGAGAUUCUAAGACUUAAAGUAAAAGGCUGGGACUAGGCUAGUAUUUCUCGUGUGCCAGCCAAAUGGUUUGCUGUGUCUUUACCAUUGAUUCCCAAGCCAGGGGCCCAGAUGUACAGGCCCCCUCCUCUACCCCUUCUGAGAAGAUUGCUCGGUGGCAGCACAUCAGAGUAGCCCCCUUAUCUGCUGAUGUUUUGUACCACUUGCACCCUGCUUGUCCAUUGCCCUAAUGUCUUUAUCUGUCAUCCAUGAUGUGACUGCGGUGGUGACUGUCCUAUGACUAGGCGCACGUUACUUGACAGGCCUCUUGAGCUUCGUACUAGUCUAACGUACAGGAUCUUCUAGAAUCCCCCUUUGCUUCAUGUGUCGGAAGCUGCAUGUUUACAGCACUAGAGAAGACGUGUAGACAGCCAUAAAAUAGCUUCAGAAAUUCAGCUGACAGCUACAGCUUGCCAUUUUGCUUUAUUCUCUCUCUCUCUAUUACAGCAAUAUAAGGCUGGGAGAUUCAUUCUUCUGUAAUGUUUUUAUCUGCAUUCAUGCUAUGGUGUUUUUUAAAAUAAUGCUGUACCCUAACUAAUAAAAAUAUUGUUUUAUAAACAUAAUGUGGAAAAGUAAAGUUAUUUGUACCAUUGUUUUCUUCCUUACCAUAGCAAAACUACCAUCUGGAAAGCUUAUCCGUGUAGAUGUGGCACCAACCAUGCCAAGUCAUUCCCAUCUCACUUUCCUCAGCUCUACUUACCCAAA